CCGGCGUCCGGGGCCUUCUGGGUCUCCCUCCGCGUCCGAGAACAUGGCGGCGGCCGCCUGCGCGGCCCCGGCCAGAGCCCUGCUGCGGGCGGGCACUGAGCGGCUGCUGCGAGGAGGGGCUCGGGAGCUCCUCCGGCCGCGACUGGAAGGGGCCACCCCCGGCUCGGAGCGCGACUUCGGCCUGUCUCACAGCCGGGGCACCGUCAUUGUGGAGCGCUGGUGGAAGGUGCCGCUAGCGGGAGAGGGCCGGAAGCCGCGCCUGCACCGGCGACACCGCGUCUACAGGCUGGUGGAGGACACGAAGCACCGGCCCAAAGACAACCUGGAGCUCAUCCUCACGCAGUCGGUGGAGGAACUUGGAGUCCGAGGUGACCUGGUCUCGGUGAAAAAAUCUGUGGGCCGUAAUCGACUACUUCCUCAAGGACUGGCUGUAUAUGCCUCUCCUGAAAACAAGAAGCUGUUUGAAGAGGAGAAAAUGCUGAGACAAGAAGGAAAAUUAGAGAAGAUCCAGACCAAGGCUGGCGAGACGACAGUGAAAUUUCUAAGAAGUUGUCACCUGGAGGUAGGGAUGAAGAACAAUGUCAGAUGGGAGCUAAACCCUGAAAUAGUCGCUCGCCACUUCCUCAAAAAUCUUGGUGUUGUGGUUGCCGCACAUGCAUUAAAGUUACCAGAAGAGCCCAUCACACAGUGGGGCGAGUACUGGUGUGAGGUGACGGUAAAUGGGCUUGACACUGUGAGGGUACCUAUGUCUGUGGUGAACUUUGAGAGGCCCAAGACCAAAAGAUAUAAGUACUGGUUAGCCCAGCAAGCUGCCAAGGGAAUGGCCCCCACCAGCUCCCAGACCGUCUGAACCUAUUCUACCUCGAAAGCAGCAAAGCAGAAUCAGAGGAGCAGUGGAGCGAAGAUGGGCCAGCACUGUGAUAUCACUCCCAACUCUGACCGAAUGUUGAAUUUUAGAGAGCGUGUGGAGACAGCAACAGUGGACUAGACUGCAUAGACAGGUUGAAUUGUCCAUAUUUGGCACCUUCAGCAGCACAUCUGGCCUUAUUGGGGCUGGCCUACUCCAGAAGUACCAGGCUGUAGAUUUGAUAAGCUAAAUAUUAAUAGACCAAAAGAGUUUAGAUCCUACGUAGUCUCUUCCUACAUUGGAAUUCAUUGGAAUAAAUGAUAGAGCUAGCUCAUUCUCAUCAUCCAAACUGAACAUUUGUAUCUGAAGAAAAAAUAAAGAGGUUAUGUUCUU